AAAUGGACGGCUGCGAAACAGUUUCUUUUUUUUGCCGGUCUCCUGUCUGUGGUGAACAACAGGAACCUUCUCGGACGCAGGAGCUGGUGCUUUCUGGAGGUGUUCGUACGGCUAGCUGUUUACCGAUGACACCGACUAGGCGGAGAGAGUAAAGUCCGGCGAACAGUUGCAGAUGGAGGAGGUAGCAGCCGCGCCCGUCCCCCCCGGAGGACUGUCCCAGCCCGUGUUCUGCCGACCUGUGGCCCCGGAGCGCCGGAUCCGCAAGUCGGGUUCGGCCAACAUCUUCCAGGGUGUGAACUUUCGGCAGCUCCGGAGGCUGUUCCAGUCGGCUGGGGAGCCGGACGCUGAGCAGAUGGCCCGCUUGGUUUGGGGUGGCGACGACCACCAGGGCGACGACAACGCAGGCGAGGAAGAGGAUGAGGAAGGGCUGGCACAGGCACUAGUAAGGCUUCGGGUCCGGGCCCGGAACCGGAGCGGGAUACGAGCCGAGCCUCACCGUGGCGACCUCGUCGCGGCAACCAGAGGGCUCCGAUCGCUUGGACAUGCAAGGAAGAAUGAGCCGUCACCAGGACAACCAUCUGAGGUCAGAACUAAUGAGCCUCCCAAGGCUGGUGCACGCGACCCUGGGCAGUUCCUGUUGGAUGAGACGCGGGGCACUUGGCACAGGAACAGUGCUGUGGAGAAGGAUCCAGAACGCUACUUGCACCGCGUACAACACUAAGGGCAGGGUUAGGCAGGCGGUGUUGGGAUGGGGGGGGGGUUAAUGCACACUAAUAGCCUGGGAUUAGACAAUAAUCUAAGAAUUUGGCACGGGGGUUUCAGCACACUAAGCAAGAUAGACACUCGGUCACACACAGACAAGACAGUCUCAAGCAUUAAAGUGAACAACACUACACAUUGGACAACAACAACAACCAAAAGAAAAGAGAUGAAGAGAACAGGACAUGGGGCGGGACCUGAGGAAGCAGCAGGACAUGGCUUCAGAUGAGAGAAACGCAAACCUUGUACCACAGAGGCAACUCCGGUCUGGUGUUCUCAUGAAGUAGCUCAAGUGUCGCUUGGCUACCGAUGCUGACACUGCUAACAGUCAAGGAAUACUAGUUUAAGGCUGGAAUAGCAACAGUUAGCAUGACCGUGUUGGGUCCUGAACAGCAGCAGUCGGCGUGGACGAGGUAGCUAUUGCGCACUGAACGCUAACCGCAGACCCCUGCACUUAAACUCAGCAGUUUCUAUGGGACUUUCACAUCCUGAGAAACCUCAUUUUACUGUUGGCAAUCUUAACAUUUAUUGUUACCGUUUAUCUUUUCCUUUCGUCUGGCCUGUGCUUUAUACACGCACAGGUUGCAUAUUCACUAGAACCAUAAAACACUGUUGCCUCAGUGUGUGUCCAGAUGCAGCGAUGAAAACAUAGGCAGCAGAACUCUCAAAGGUUCUGUCUUUUCUUAGUCCAGACAGUCAUGUAAAAGGAACACUCAGGGCGUGUUGAAGACCCGACGCUUCCUGGAUUUGACUUAAAUCUCGCUCACUUCAAGAACACCCUACUUUUUUUCCUCCUGGACCUCAUAAUUGGCUCGGCUCUGAUCGUGUGACAUGGCACAACUGAUCUCAAAGUAAAUUAUUCAAUAAUGAUUGAUAUGAAAUAAUCAAUUCGCUUGAUAUUUUCAAGUUGAAAUGAAACAUUUGACUUUAAAUUUUCUCCAUGUGAAUAGAUGUGAUGUACACUGCCUGGUGAUGUUUGAGAUUCUAUGCACAUUCAGUAGCAUGUUGGCAAUAUAUGUUCUAGCAGUGUAUAAGACCUACGUAAUAAAAAAAAAAAAUGAAGGUUCUAUGGCAAAUAUGUAUUGAAAAGCAAACAAAGGUUUGGUCAUUGUUCUUCCACAGUACAGUAUUAACUGUAAAUAUCUACAUGAGUCAAUAUAUUUUAAAUGAGAGAUUGGUGUUAGUAGAUAAAUGAGAACUAGGUUUAGAGUCCGUCCUUACUUUGGACCUGGACAUUCCAGAUUACACAGAAAAAAAAUGUAUUGCCGUUCUAAUCGGGCAUGUAGCUCAUAGAAGUAAUAACACUUUAAUUUGCCUUAGAAUACCAGUUGAUGUUUCUUUUGUGAGAAAAGGGUGUUUCUACAUGUACAUGAAACACAUGAUUUGUCUUGUGUUGUAACUGCCAAAGUUUCUGAUUAAAGAAUUAGUGAAAAACAAA